UUGAGAAAAGAAAAGAGAAAAAAAAAUCAUGGUUCGAUUCUCAUUUCUAGCGGUAUUAUUAUUUUUAUGUGUUGUAUCCUCUUAUGCAAGGACCGAUGUAGAUGUGCAAGCUAUUUGCAAGCAGGCCAAAAACCCUUCUUUUUGUUUAACUUUGCUCAAAUCAAAGCCCGGUGGUCCAGGCAAAAACCUAAUUGACCUUGAGUCAUACAUCAUUGGUGUACUUCGUACCGAUGUGACCCAGACAGUCACUCUACUAACAAAACUAAUUGCCCAAAGUGGUGGUGAUCCAAAGAAACAAAGCUAUUACAAGAUUUGUUUGGAAUAUUUCGGAGAUGAAGGAGCUCUUGGUACGAUUGAUGAAGGUCUACGACAACUGAAAACCGGCGAUUACUCUGGUGUGAAUGUGCAUAUGAGUGCUGUUAUGACCUAUGUUAACGACUGCCUUUCAGAUGAGGAUGCUCCGAAAGAAGAUACGUCUUUGUUUCCAAAAGAUGUUGAUCUUGUGAACCAAGUUGCUAAGAUUGGUCUUAUUAUCUCAAAUAUAUUGAGAGAAAAAUAG